AAUUCGUUCCCUCCCGAGUUUUAAUAAUGUACCGAGGGUUUUUUUCUUCAGGUCCAGGCCCUAAAUAUGUACUUCGCACCCUCACGGGCUACAAGGAUCAUUGCGCGUCCAAAUUUCGCAAUCCUGCCUAUACGAUCGGAGGUAAACUCGUAACAAGUGGAAGAUGUGAUGGACCCGGGCCAAAAUAUUUAGUAAAAUUGCCAUACAAUUCGCCUGCUUUCACCAUCGGCCAAGCAGUGAGAAUUGACAGUAAGUAUCGAUGUACCGGUACAAUGUACAGAAAAAUCGGCUCAAAGGUUCUGAGUACAUGGACAAUUUUAGAGAUUCCAUGUGGACCUGGGCCGUACCUCGUAAAAGAUUUACAUCGAGGUCCUGCUUUCACAUUUGGGUCCAGAACCCCAUACAGAAGCGACUGCGGAACACCAGGACCAUAUCCUCUCAAGUCGACUUUAAAUGGACCUGCAUUUACUAUAGGUGUAAAACUGAACGACGGAAAAUGCAAGGGGGGACCAGGACCUCUGAUGUACGACAUAAAUGUGAUAAAACCAAGAGCUCCUAAAUUUACUAUCGCCAGAAAGUACCAAACAGGCGCGACUUGCGAUGGUCCUGGGCCUAAGUAUAAACCCACACUGGGAAAACCAUAUCCAAUGUAUUCCUUUGGAACGAAGCACAGCGAAUGCGCCCCGCCUUACAUAACCGAAUGCGACGAAAAAUGCUAACCGAAGGAAUAAUGAAUUUCUUAGUCUAUUUCGACAGACCUACAGGAAGUCGUGUAGGAUAUAGCAUGCGUUAAUGUAAGCGGUGCAUUUCAAUUAAUGAUAUAUUUAACGGCGUCUUUACACGGCCUUUUGCUGGACAUAUCGGAUUUAAUCCUAAUUCUCCAACAGGAUAUUCCACAGAAUUGCCGCAUAGUUGUGCGCGGUACCUUUCAACAUUCUCUGAAGAUACCGAAAAGAAAUUCAUUGAAAUAUUCAAAUACCGAGCGCAGACGGAUCGCAAUAUUAAGAAAUGCCGAAAAGUGCUGGUCGUCUUACGGAAUUAGUAUUCGCGCACAACGCAUCGAAUCAUCGACUGUUUUUCUUGGUGCAAAUGCAGGAAUCUUGGAAUAUUCGUUAGACGCUCUAUAUUUAGCUAUCGCUAACGGUACUUAUUAUUAAAUAGUCAACUUUCGUACCAUUUUAAAAUAUCUCUCGAAGAUUGGUGUUGCUUUUAUAUAUCAGGAUUCAUCCUUUACAAGUACAAUGGCAACGUAACAGGAUACAUCGGUGGACAAUAGCAUCAACGUAUACGAGGAAAUGAAAUGUCAUCUUUAAACGUGACCGGUUAAAAUCUGCGGUAAAAACAAUUUGAUAAGUGAUCCUGAAAUCAACGAGUAAGGCAAGAAUGGUACUACUGCCUGGACAUAAUUAUAUGUAUAAUUUAGCAGAAAACGGGUUCUAAAAAUUACAUUUAGAAUAUGGGAUAAUUUCCGUAGCGGGGUGCUUAGUAACAAUGGUGCUUAAUAACAACCGCUCAACGACAGUGUAGAUAAAUUUCUAUGCAUGAAUAAUCCUGGAUAUUUAAUGGAUGAAGUAGUUCCCCAUAUUAGCCCAUUCGCUCAUAUUUCCAUCGGUCCAACAAUUUUGAAUGGUUAAGGUCUAAAAGUAAUAUCGGGCAUUAAAUAUCAAAUUAAAAUCGGCACGAAAAUAAUUUACAAGGACCUGAGAACACGAAGAUCAAAGACGUAUUAACGCUUCUCCUUAUCCAAAAUUGCGCCUGGAAAACAAAAUAUUUUAUAUCCCUCGUCAAAGAUAGCAUCGUAUCAUUUUCUUCUUCUUUUUUUUUUUCCAUUAAAGUCUCUAUCGGCAAUGGGAAUGAAAACUACGGAUACAUCCAAUAAGCAUUCAGAGAAUAGACUGAUUCUAUGCAGGUACCUUCGUAAAGUAUUAGCUGUUUCACGACCUCGUAAUCGAGUUUCAGAACAAUCACUUUAGAAUAUUAUUUUCGUAACACGCUCCCCAGAAACGCUGGUAAACUCUUUAUCUUCCGGCAAUAUCCUCGUGAACACGUAGUAGUUUAUUAUUGUAUUAUUUUUAAAGAUUUGAUGUAAUCUCACUCGCACACGAUCGGUUCAAAGACUGCCCUCGGCGAUAUUUCGGUGAAUAGAAACAAUUUUCACGGAAGGUUCCAGCCUUCGACGAUACAUACAUAAUUACACGCCAGAAUCCGAAAUAUCAUGUAAAACGUUAUACAAUAA